AUGACCACCACAGUCCGCUCGCCGACACCUCACAACCGGGAUUCGACAAGCGUGCCGGCGUGCCUACGUGUGAAAGGUGACGGUGACAUCUUUCUUCCCGAGAACGUACGGUCAUUCUCCAAAUUCGUCAAGGAGAGCACGGACAACCAGGGAGUGCACUUUGUCAUGGCAGAUGGUGGUUUCUCAGUAGAGGGCCAAGAAAACAUCCAAGAAAUAUUGUCUAAACAACUUUAUCUGUGCCAAUUCUACAUGGCACUGUCUGUCUUGAGAACAGGUGGCCACUUUGUCUGCAAGCUGUUUGACAUCUUCACCGUGUACAGUGUCGGUCUGAUUUACCUGAUGUACCGGGCAUUCAGGCACGUCUGCAUCUUCAAGCCCAACACGAGUCGACCUGCAAAUUCUGAAAGGUACAUCGUCUGCAAGUGGCGCCGGCCGGACGCCAAGGACAUUGAGGACUACAUGUACGAGCUGAGCUGUCGCUUCAAGGAGAUUUCAAGUGUCAUGAGCCAGCUUGAUAUAGUCGAGGUUGUGCCUCUGGAAGUCAUCAACGACGACGCUGUCUUCGCGAAGUACAUCCGCGAGUCCAAUGACAGGCUUGGACGUAUCCAAGUCACAAAUCUCAUGAAGAUCAAGGCCUUUGCACAGAACAGUGAGUUGUACGAGAAAAGGCAGAGCAACCUUCGGAAAGAAUGUUUGAAACUCUGGAAGGUUCCAGACCUAGCGCGGCUAGACCCCAAGCGGCCUCCCCCUGAAGCAAAGCUCAAAGAACUGACACAGAACGAACUGGCGUACUUUGACAAACGCCCUGAGGAGCUCAAACCCAAGUUUCUCGAGGACAUCAAGAGCAUCCAUGACUACCGGUGUGUCGUAUGUGGCGAGUGGAAGCCCAAUAUUCCGGACAGCAAAUAUUUCUUCCUCAGUGCAGGGCGGAGGCAAGUCUACCAGUGGACGGGAAACUCUUCGGACCAGUGGAAGAAAGUCACCGAGGGCCUGGAACUCCCGCCAGACACACUCUUCUACGGCGAGAUGGUGCAGGAGUUUUCAGGAGAGGGUCGAUAUCAGAAACGUUUCCACACAAUCCACAUCAUUGACGCUUUUGUUUUGGGCAAAGUAUAUGUCAAAGAUAAGCACUAUGAGGAGAGGAUGAAAUGGGUUCAAAAGUUUGUCAAAGCCUUGUCAAAGCCAAGUCGGGCUGACUUGACGCCUCUUCGAGCCAAGGAGGUUUUCAAGCUUCGAGAUGUGGAGUCACUCUUCGACCGGAUCACCUUGAAGCUAGAGAAAGGUGCGGCCCGAAACAUGCGGCUCAGCUGCACGGUGCCCAAGGAAGGGAGGGAUCGGGAGGAGAAGCACUUCUCGGCCACGGGUGUCCUCUUCUUUCGAACCACCAGGGGUAAGGGAGAGUCGCUUUCAGUCUUGCAGCAGCUGUAAGUGUCCAUUCCCACU